GCCCUACGGUGACAAGUACGAACGCGCUGCGGAGUGGCGCAUACCUACCGUGUCGCAUGAAUGGCUCGAAGAGGCAUUCCGCACGUGGUCUGUGCCCAAUCCAAGCGACUUCUCCACGCUUGUGGGCGAAGAAUACGCGACCGGUUUUCCCGCACUCUUGUCCCUGCCACCCGGGCGAAGCGUACCUGGCGGCGCCCUGGGAGAUGGUUCUAUAAAUAGCACAGCAUCUUACUGGCGAGGAGAUUCUAAAAAUAGCCCGAGCGUGAGUGUUCUGUCCGGCGGUGUGGUGAACCCCAGUACGCCUGCGACUCUGAGCGGUGCGGCAGAGGGGCGCGCAGAACGCACGAAUAACGGUAUGCGUACCGCACAGCAGUACUAUGGGGUGGACGACGGUCACCUGGGCAACAACGCCUUGACGCGCCAUUUGGGCGGGAACGAGCGGUCCAUGCGCACUGGGGACAGGGCAGCCCUGGUGAGGGUCGGGGGAGAGGCGGCAUACUCUGGGCGAAGGUAUGACCCGUAUCCACCCACGCGGCUGGGCGUGGAGGGGCGGGGCGGGGGAACGCAGACAACGACGGCUGGGCACACGCACACACACGGCGACCCACACACCAUACGGCACACCAUGUCACGCGCACCUGCGGAGCCUCAAGGCAUACAGCACACGUACAGCUACACACCAGCACACGCACAGCCAGGCCCACAGGCACCCCCACAGCCGGCCCCUCAGGACACGCGAGUAGCGCCGCCCCACCGGCCGCAACCGCAGUACAACUACACUACCCAGCGCACGAAAACCGGCACACAGCUGCCAACGCCCGAGGGCGCAGAGGAGUACGGUCACGCGGUCGAGCAUGCAGAGGGGGGGGAUAGCGGGCUGGAGAGUGGGGAGGGAGAGAUCACGAGCACCCGGCAGAAUUCCUACCCGGUUGGCAUGGCAACCGCUGGGAAGAGGCCGGGCCGGAGUGGCUCAGAGCGUCUCAGCACGCCACAGAAGGGGCCGGGCACGCCCGGACCCACCAGGUCUAACAAGCCUAGAAGUACGACUAAAAAACCCAGCCCUAUUCCUGUGGUAAGGAACUCGCGAGAAGUGGCCGGUGGGGAUGGGAACAAACGCCAACGCCAACGCCAACGCCAACGCCAACGCCAACGCGAACGCGAUCCAUCCGAGAUCGAUCUGACCACCACCAGUCCCCAGAACAGACACACGGCAAACAUCAGUCAGCAUAUGCACCUGGAUGGACAUACAACGGGCAUGCAGCACCCGGCCGCACCUCACAGGCACACAGAUAGCAACUCUGGGCCUACUCGCCCCACGUCGCCACACAUGGACAUGGAUAGAACCCCUGAGGACAUUCAGCAGGAAUCGCUGCAUCUGUCGUCGCGGAGUACACCACGCGCAGAACAACGGGGUAGCGCGGCGCGCUCUAUUCCGAGCGUGAGCACGUCCGUGGGCGUGUCAGCGGGGGAGACGAUUGAUCUCACGGGAGAGGGAGACACGCGUGAGCCCAAGCGCAAGAAGACCAAGCGCGCCAAGAAGAACGCGCAUGCGAAGCCGGUUGUACUGUUCACGGCGCAGCCCAAGAGCCGCAUGCCGGCUAUGGAAAAGGUAUGGGUUGAGCUGGAAGUAUGUAGUUUGGCGAAAUCAUAA